AACCGCGCACGAAUCGGAGGCCUCCUCCAUCCAACGACUCGUCUCGUCGUCCGGCCUGCUCUGCUCUCCGACCGCGGACGCGAAGGAGGACUCGUCGAGCUCUUCAAUCCGCCUCGCUUCCCGCGUGUUGAUCUCCCCUCCAUUGCUCCGCCGCCGCCGCCGCCGCCGCCACCGCCGCCGCGAGGAUCGUCCGGGGUCUUCCUGCUCGGCAAAUUGUUGCUAACUUUAUCAAUUGCAAAGUCAUGAAUUUCCUGAUUGGAGCUUUUAAACCACCAUGUACUAUUUCAAUCUCAUUUGCGGAUGGAAGAACACGCAAACAGGUACCAUUGAAGAAGGACAAUGGUCAAACAGUUAUGGUUCCUCUCUUUGAAAGUCAGGAGAGUAUAAUUGGAGAGGUUGUUAUUGAACCAUUGCAAGGGAAGAAGGCUGAGCACAUUGGUGUUAAAAUCGAGCUCCUCGGCCAGAUAGAAUUGUAUUUCGACAGGGGCAACUUCUAUGAUUUUACAUCUUUGGUACGUGAACUUGACGUACCUGGUGAAUUAUAUGAAACAAAAACGUACCCCUUUGAGUUCUCAACUGUCGAGAUGCCCUACGAAUCAUAUAAUGGAGUCAAUGUAAGACUCAGGUACAUUUUGAAAGCGACAAUUAGCAGAAACAUUGUCGGCAACAUUGUGGAGAGCCAGGAUUUUGUGGUCCGGAAUUACACCCCACUUCCAGCUAUCAAUAACAGCAUCAAGAUGGAAGUUGGGAUCGAGGACUGCCUGCACAUUGAAUUUGAAUACAACAAAAGCAAGUAUCACUUGAAGGAUGUUAUAAUAGGCAAAAUCUACUUCCUUCUUGUAAGAAUCAAGAUAAAGAAUAUGGAGCUUGAGAUCAGGCGUCGAGAAUCAACUGGAUCAGGCCAUAAUACUUAUGUUGAGACGGAAACCCUAGCUAAAUUUGAAUUGAUGGAUGGCACUCCAGUCAGGGGUGAAUCAAUCCCAAUCAGAUUGUUCCUGAGCCCAUACGAAUUAACACCAACAUAUCGCAACAUCAAUAAUAAAUUCAGUGUGAAGUAUUAUCUAAACCUUGUUCUAGUGGAUGAAGAGGACCGGCGGUACUUCAAGCAGCAAGAAAUGACAGUAUACCGGCUUCUCGAAACUCCAUGAUUCUUUUCCCAGCUUGCACGAUCUCAUUGUUCGAUUCAGGGAAGAGAUUGCCCUUUCAAACACUGGACUGGAGCACUCAUCCGGUUUUACUGAGGAACCAAGCACCCUUGUGACAUCUAAAGAGCCACUUGAACGAGGGACAGUCGAUCCCAUGUUUGGUUCAUCUUCGUGCGGAAGCAAGUAGACUCUUCAAGUUCAGCCCCACUCGUUUCAACUGGAAGAGUGUCUUUGUUCUGAUGGCUGUUGUCCUCUGUUGGUACGGGGCAUUUUUACCAUCAGAUACGUCAUCACGAUCGCUUCCGCAUCGACAACACAACUCUUCACAUCUGUUUUUUAUGUGGUGACUUAAGAUUUAUAUCUAGAGAAUCUGAUUCCGGACGCGUAGCAUAUAACGGGUGCACUCGCAUAUUGUACUAGUCAGCGGAUUGAACAUUGUUCCAAUGAUGCACUCGCGUAUCUACGGCCCUGGAAGCAAGUACGGUUUCAAGUGGAGGUUCGCUAAACCUACGAUAGCACUUGAGAACUGCGAAUUUGGUAUUGUUGACAUUCUUCGCGAAAGUAGAUCCUCUGUACGGAUGAAGCAGAUGCACACGCUUCUAUCCUUCUUUAGCUUAAGCGUCUAGAAGUUGAAUAAUUCAAAGUUGCCCA